GGCCUAACCAUCCAACGUGAACAAUAACAUCCUGUCAGUAUUAAAGAUAUAGGUGCCUCACAAGUCACCCCUGCGACACAAGCAGAUGAGCACACGUUGGCCCGUGAUCAACCGGAUAGCAAUAAUGUCCGAAUUGGCUCUCCUUCACAACAUGCAAGGUCUCGUCGGGCGUCCCAUGGCAUCAUCGACCCGCCCGCAGUUCCGGCAUUCCACUCUGCUUCGCACAUUCGUCAAGUUUCAGGAACAAACGUCGGAGCUGUUUCAUCAGAGCCUGGUUUAUCAGUUGCGAGCCCCCUCCAAGGGUCUCAACCCCUUGCUCUGAAGACAAUUACCCAAACGGACAUUGCUGUGUUCAGUAAAGAGUCAAUGCAGUCCGCAGCCGAGAGGGCCAGGGAGCGACGUAGGCUGGAGGAGGAAGAGAGAGAGAAGGAAAAGGGACGUGCUCGAAAGAAGGCGGAGUCCAUUGCUGCCCUUAUGGAAGGAACUGUCCAGUCUGCGACCGCAAAACCAACUCCUUCAGUCACCCAGGCACACGUAGAUCUGCCUCCAGCUGUCUUGAAACCAACACUGCGGUCCGAGAACCACAUUUCUUCAACAGCCACUGGUACUGAAGGGCCAGUUUGGAGAACGAGGUCACGAGCCGGAUCGCAAAGAAACGAGAAGAACAAGUUCCCUCCUCAGCACACCUUCAAGCCGCUGUCCCCGGCCAAGGAAAACGUUGCACCUGCUCUCCUGCCUAGUCCAGAUAAGUUGGAUGAAGUGUCCCAAUUACCUGAUUCGGAAAUUAUUGCACCCACGCCAAGAGCAACCUUAUCUCCAAUAUCGCAAUCUGCAACUGUCCCUACAGAAGGGAUUAAGGAAACUUGGCAGUCAACACCGGGCGCAGCACCAGCGCCUCGUCCUGCGACCUUUAAUGUUGCUGAUGUUACUGCGGCUUUCUACGUGGCUGAUGAUGAACAUGUUGAAACAAUCGACUUCUCAGAUCUGUCCAGGUUGGCUGAUUCCGACGAAAAUGUUCCAUUCCCCGUGCCUGCAGCUUCAAGCCCAACCCCUGCAGCUGCUCCGAUAGGUGCUUCGCAUCUCGUCUAUGGCUUGUCUACUGCAGCUGGUCAUGAAGCAAACCAAAUUCAUCCAAACACCAUCGAUAAUGGGGCUGACUCAAAUUUGACAGAUACGCCCGCUUCUGACAUCCGUUCUCCUCGAGUCUCUUUACGGAAAGCCGAACUAUCUCAGGCCCAAGAGACGCAUCAUCCGCUUCCACAGCCGGCGCAGCCCGUAUUUCAUGUGUUCGGUCGUCAUCCUGGACCACAAUUGCCUGCGACAAGAUUUCAGUUUAAAGAGGCUCCUAUGGCGGCACUGGACGACGUUAUGCUCCGUAUUAAGGGCGCUUUAAUCACCAUGCACCCUGGAGAAACGACAGUGAAUGGUGCUCACAAUUUAGACGAUGAAGCGUACCGUGCGUCACGUCUCGCAGAGAUCCACGCGGCACAUCCUCACACCUCAGCUGAGCGCGAGAACUUUACCCAGAGCCAAAUUCCACGCCCUUCAACUCCACAGCAUACGAAACCGAGAGUGCGUUUAAAGGCUUUGAAUCGCCGCCCCACACAGCUCCCCAUUAGCACGCGCUUGCUGCAUUUGUGGAAACUUCCUCCUAAGCCCGUACGGUGGGAUAUCUUGUCUUGGGAUCCACCAGUCGCUAAUAUGUCACGGCGGUCGCUUUCCCUGGAGGAAGUUCUCUUCCCACGAAACGACCAGACGGUGGUCGUCGCUUUACCCAUACGGAAAGCAAUGGGUGGUGAUGGACAGCAAAUGCACCCUUUCGCGCCUUCGCCAGUGCCAGCAGCACGCGUCCAAUUGCCUUCUGGCGCUCCGGCGUCCUUUAAGCCGUUUCCGCAAUUGGAAGCUCCGCAGAAGUCUCUUGGUACCGUAAACCCCACAAGCAAAUCCCCUCCGCCAAGUUCCCCUGAUCGAGGUGCAUCGCUGUCUCUCCCGAAAAUGGACAAGUCGUCGUCCACGCUAUCUGAUAACUCGCAAUCUGGGUCCAGCAGAAUCAAAGUUACACCUAAACUUCCGUUGGGCACUGAUGUUGCAUUUUACAAACCGCCAUCAACUUCCACAGCAGUGGCGUCUUCAAACGUUCGAUUCUUUGUGAACAGCGAAGUUGAUGAAGCUAUCACGUCGCCUCUGCUAGAGAGCACUUUUGCGACGGCUACACCCAUUUCAAACGAUGUGAACAAUGAAAAGGUACACCUUUCUGUAUUGAUGCAUGCUGGGUUCGUGUGCUCAAUGUUGGGUAUAGGCAAUGUCGACUCCGCCGUCACGAGUCUCUACACCUCCCCCGUCGGCGCAGGUCCCAACAGCCUGGGCCAAGUCACCCAUCGUGUACUCAGUGAAUGCGUCAUCCAGCAUGGUGGUCCCUGGGUCGGACAGGAUCAAGUCCUUAUGGGAUAUCUCAAAGGAUGGAAAUGCGAUAACGACCGAAAACUCCCUGAAAGGUAUUGCUGAUGAUUACCCGCCGGUACUCCCGACUUCGGAGCAGGAAAUGAAAUCCGAUGGCGAUGAUUCUGUUAAAGAGACUAAAUCAUCGGGUGGAAAUUCUCCAGCUCCCCCAGCAUCACGACGCUUCCCAAGGGUGUCGGUUCAGGAUGUCACUCGUGCUUUCCAACAAGUGCCUCAAUCCACAUCGCCAACUGCAGAAACCCCUCCACCAACUGAGGCAUCCUCCGCACAGACAUCUCGGACAACACCGUCCCAGACGCCCAAUCCGUAUUUGGCUGCAUCUCAGUCGUCG